AUGACAGCCAUCGAGCCGGCCCCAUUCUCAGAAACAGGCCCCUCCCGAGAGAACUCAAGGGACGGCAGCAAGCUUGAUAUUGUUGUCGUGGGUGCAGGCCUCGGCGGCCUCCUCGCCGCCAUCGGCCUUGCACUUGACGACCAUCGAGUGACAGUACUCGAACAAGCAGCAAGCUUUGGAGAGGUUGGUGCUGGUAUGCGCAUCCCGCCCAAUUGCUUUAAGAUCCUUCGCCGAUGGGGUGUUGACACAACAUAUCUCAAAAAGACUCAUUCCAAUGGGAAUCGUUUCCUGCGAUACGACAGCGGCGCGUUGUUGGCGGAUAUGCCGCACGGAGUUGCAGAACUGGAUUUUGGCGGAAGCUACCUAAUGGUGCACCGGGCAGACUAUCAUUCCGUCUUGCUGCAGAGAGCCCUGGCCCUCGGCGUUUGUAUAAAAGGCGGAUGUUUCGUGGAACGUUAUGACUGGAACGCCCCGGCGGCAAUUGUGCAGAGCAGCGACAAGGUAACAGGCGACCUCCUCGUCAUCACAGAUGGUGUUCAAAGCAGCGCGCGAGCCGAGUUUCAAGGACACCCACUACCACCAACUGAUACUGAAGCGCAUGUAAUCGGAUACCCUGUGCGAGGAGGCGAAGUCUACAAUGUAGUCUUUUGCUGCUCUGAGAAGUCGAUGCAAGACUCGCCUUUCCAGCCCGGGGAGACUAAGCUUGUCAUCUCGGAUAACUCAGAGCUCCGACGACGUUUCUCGGGGUGGGAUCCACGGGUGGAAAAACUGAUUGAAAACUCGGGGAAGCGUCUCUGCGACUUGGAUCUCGUGGACAACUGGGUUCACCCGAGUUCCAAGGCCGUUCUACUCGGCGACGCAGUUCACCCAAUGCUGCCAUACAUGUCAUCUGGAGCGGCAAUGGCGUGCGAGGAUGCAGCAGUACUCCGCAAGGUGCUAUCUGGCAAGUCCAUCUCCAAGCUCAGUGAGGCUCUCUCAACCUACCAGAAUCUGCGCCAACCAAGAGCCUCCAAGGUCCAGAAAGCGGGACGAACGCUUCAAGAUGCAUAUCAUCUACCUGACGGUGAGGCACAGCAGGAGCGGGACGUAUGGAUCACCAAGGAUGAUGAAAGGAACUGGGACAGAUGCAGAGAUGGAACUCGGAGCUGA